AUGCUUGUUUCAUGCACUGCCGGGCUUAAACUCCUCUGUUGAGCUACAGAAAGUUUGUAGAAAGGAGAGCCGUUGGUCUAUCGGGUCCAUGGCACUGGCUGUGGGGUCCACUAUACCGACGAAGAAGUAUCUCAUCUCAGCCUCUCAUGUCCUGUGCUGCGGAGAAAGCAGAAGAUCGAACGGCUUGGCCAGCUCGGUUCUGAUGAAAGAUGUAGGGAGGAGGAGCCUUCUUUCUAUCCUCUUGCUCGGAUCAGUGACAACAGUUCCAGAACCCGACUCAAAGAAGGCCCUCCUUCAAAAAUAUCUGAAGAAAUCGGAGGAGAACAAGGGGAAAUAUGACAAGGAGAGGCUUGAAGAAUACUACAAGCGCAACUACAAGGAUUAUUUUGGAUUCAUUGAAGGGUCUGUGAAAGGGAAGACAGAGUUAUCGGAGUCGGAGAAGGGCAUCCUCGAGUGGCUUCAAACUAAUAAAUGAUACCACUUUCAUUGCAUUUGGGAUGUUGGUGUCCAUACCACCUAAUGAACAUUUGUUAUUUUUCUUCUUGUAUUGUGGAGAAGUUUUGCGGAGUGUGUGCAAUCUACCAUAGAAGUUCAUGAACA